AACGGGUGGUGGGUGAGCUCAGUCAGUGAAAAGUAAGCUGAGCCAGGCCGUGGAGAUAUCACUGCUGUGCUGACUAGCAGGAUAGAUGCUGACCCAGAGUGGGCUGCUGCCAAAUCUCCCCGUUAACACCACUGGACAUCUCCCAUAAAGUUAUACUAGACCCGAAGCUACCACAUCUCUGGCAUCUCCUGCAAUCGACCUGCACGGAAAGAGAGCGCAGGGUCUUUUUAAGAAGGGCAACAAAAAUUCCCUGAACAGUUUAAAUCUCAUGCAGAUGAUUUUAUGCCUCACUGCACAAGUGACCAUGGCUGAUGAAAUCUCCCCAGGGAUGCUAUUGCAAGUUGUUGGAAAGAAAAGUAAAAAGAAACAUCAAGAAAGGCAUUGUGUCACUGCUUCUUCCCCAGAUGGACAGAUCUUAAUCAACACUCACAGCACCAAGGCUGACUCUUCACUUGGCAGUGUCUGUGUAGGUGUGAACCUACUUUCAGAAAGUAGUGAGACUGAAAUCCUUUAUCUGAACCCCCAAGCACCAAACUGGUCCCUGGUGGAGGGGUUUGCUGAGCUUUCACCCAGAGACGAUACCGGACUUAAUGAUGACCGAGACUGCAGUAAUCGAGGAUUGGUACAGUGCACUAAAUAUAUUGUGAGCAAUAAAAUAAACGGAUCUAAUGAAGUCCUCUUGGAUGCUGCGCAAAAGACAGAAAGGAACUCUAAAAAACUCAAGAGCCAUAAGAUACAAAGUGAUGCCUCAGUCAAACAGAGGGCAUGUAAGCUCAAAGAGAUCAAUCUUGAGGAAUAUUCUCCAGGUGGAGGUGGGACUAAUACCAAAAAGAAGAGCCGUCCGGUUAAGAAAUCCCUUAAAAAGCGUGAAGACAACAAGAUGUCUCGACUUUUGGUAGCAAUGAAAAAACGUAACGAAGUUGACACAGAGCACCGUCCCUUCAAGUGCACACACUGCGACUGGGCUUUCAAGAAGUUCUGCAACCUACAGAGUCACUUACAAACACACACAGGUCUCAAGCCACAUGUGUGUGAUAUAUGUGGCAAGGCUUACUCUCACCAGGGCACGCUGCAGCAGCACAAGCGUCUACACACAGGUGAAAGGCCAUAUCACUGCCCCUUCUGUGUCAAGACCUAUAUCUGGUCCUCAGAUUACCGCAAGCAUAUCCGCACACACACUGGUGAAAAGCCCUACGUCUGUGACACUUGUGGCAAAGAUUUCAUCCGCUCCUCUGACCUGCGAAAGCAUGAGCGGAACAUGCACACCAAUAACAAGCCCUUCCCAUGCACGCACUGUGGCAAAACCUUUAAUAAACCCCUCUCACUGAAGCGUCAUGAGCGUAAGCACUUGGGUGAGAAACCUUUCUCCUGUCCCGACUGUGGGAAGGCUUUUGCUCUUGCCAGUCGUAUGGCAGAGCACCAAAAGAUCCACACAGGAGUGCGUCCCUACAUCUGCUCAGUGUGUUCCAAGUGUUUCACAAAGUCCUCCAACUUGACCGAACACGAGGCCAUUCACAGCGGAGUGCGGCCCCAUAAGUGCACAGAGUGUGGCGUGGCAUUUGCCAUGGCUUCCCGCCUCAUUCGACACCAGUAUGUCCACAGUAAAGAGAAACCUCACAGCUGCACAGGCUGCAGCAAGAACUUUAGCCACCUAGCCACGCUGAAUCUUCACCAGGAGCAAACCUGUGCUGGGAGGAUCUUUGUCUGUAUGGAGUGUAACAAAUCAUUCCAGUGUGCUGCAAAGCUUUCAAAGCAUAUGCUGAGCCACAGGGACAAGAGUGUCUGAAUCAGUUUAAAGACAGGUACUGUAAACAUCCAUCACUGUCUUGGUAUUAUUCACCCAAUUUGCAACUUUAUAUCUGAAUGCAAAUAUAAGGUUCCAGACACAUCAGAUCCAUUCAAUUCACAAUGUUAAGGUAUGUUUUUGCAAUUGCAGGUAGUGAUUUAGGUAGGUGGUAAUGACUUAAGGAAUUUCCUAUUUACUAUUACUAAGAAUAGCUUAGUACUCCUUUAAAGAAGAGGGUAGUGUGUGGUUGAGCAAGAGAGAGCAAGCUGAAAGAGAUUGGCAAUGAACGUUAGCAGAGCAGGAUGAAAAGAGUAAGCAGCAAGUUGACAGUUUAGCAGUAAGUGUAUAGUGCAGGUUAGAGUUUGUCAGUAAAUAAAGGCUGCAAAUUCUAAGUGAAGUUCCCAUGUGUUGUUUCUCAGCUGCUGGAAAGGUGAACAGCGUUAGUCCCAAAACAAGAUGAUUUUUAACAAAUUUUGCCUUUUGGACUUUACAACACUCUUUUUUGGAAAGUGGAAAGUGAAAUUAUAUUCUACAUAUAAUAGUCACAUUAGUGCAGCCUAAUCUGCAACUGUACAGAAACUGUGGGUAUAAACCAAAUUACAAAACAUUUCCAGAAGGUUCAUCACUUCACUACACAGAAGAUUUCAACACUCAGUUUCAGGUAGUAGUUGCCCAGAGGCUGUGACUGUCUGCAUAGGUGAGUUACUACAACAGCACAGCAUCACAUCUUUAAAUGUGUUAUUUUUUCAUCAUUUCAGAAUGCAUGUCAUGUCAGUUGUAAUAAUAAUAAUAAUAAACAUAUACACACAACAAGCAUGUUGGAUUUGUAACAGGGCUUUUCAUACUUGAACAUGUAGGAGAUCAUGCUGUGGCCAAGCAAUGUGUUUCCCCUU